AUGCACCAGGAGCAGGAGCAGGAGCAGGAGCAGGAGCAGGAUCAAAUUGCAAAAGUCGUCUCUGCCAACAAUAUACCUACUGUCGCCGUCCCUGUCACUGGUCAGGACUCGGACAAAGACUACGGAUUCAACGACAACAAUGAUUUCAUUGACGCCCUGGAUGGCGUGCUGACGAACGGCAACUUUGACGAUGUCUUUUCAAUAGCCAUUCACAAUGCCUACCAAGACGGUACCAUCAAUAGCGAUCGCCCGCCCAUUGUUGGGACGUCCUCGGUUACGUUGGACAAGCGAGGGUGA